AUGGCACCCACAUCGCCUAGGCUUCCCGCGCCACCCAAAGACACACCUACAUUUUCUCCAGAAAAGACAUCGGUAGUAUACGUACUGGGGGGACCAGGUGCGGGAAAAGGAACGCAAUGCGCGAAUCUAGUACGGGACUAUGGCUUCAACCACCUCAGCGCGGGGGAUCUACUGCGGGCGGAGCAGGACAGGGAAGGCAGUGAGUUUGGGCAGAUGAUCAAAGAUUACAUCAAGGAUGGAAAAAUUGUACCAAUGGAGGUGACGGUGCAACUGUUGGAGAAUGCUAUACAGGACAUCAAUGGGGGUGAAGGGAGGUUUUUGAUUGACGGCUUUCCUCGUAAGAUGGACCAAGCACUCAAGUUCGACGAGUCUGUCUGUCCUAGUAAAUUCACCCUCUUCUUCGACUGCCCCGAGGAUGUGAUGACAGAGCGGCUCAUCAAUCGAGGGAAGACGUCUGGGAGGGCGGAUGAUAACGAAGAGAGUAUCAGAAAGAGGUUCAAGACUUUCGUGGAAACAAGUAUGCCAGUCGUAGAGCACUUUGAGAAGCAGGGCAAGGUAGUCAAGGUGAUGGCUACAAAGUCGCCGGAUGAGGUCUACGAGGAAGUCAAGAAGGCAAUGGGGCAACGAGGGUUCCAGAUGAAACAGUGA